ACAGUUGAUAACUUAAUGUCAUUGGUUAAAUACGUUGAUGAAAGUUGAUAAUUUUAUUUAUCAAACUUUGGACAACUUUUAACUUUCGUACUCGUUAAGAAAAGAGAAAUUGGUUUAUUAAAAUUAUUUAAGUCACGUCAUUAAGAUGAGUUUAGUAGCUAAUACUGGAAAGUUGGCGGGUCGUACCCUAUUUAUAACGGGAGCUUCGCGUGGCAUAGGGAAGGCCAUAGCCCUCAAAGCAGCUAAGGAUGGCGCUAAUGUUGUUGUCGCAGCGAAAACCGCUGAACCUCAUCCGAAACUACCGGGCACUAUUUACACUACCGCUGAAGAGAUUGAAGCUCUCGGUGGAAAAGCUCUGCCUUGCAUUGUAGAUGUAAGGGAAGAGAAACAAAUCCAAAAGGCUGUAGAUGAAGCUGUUAAAAAGUUCAAUGGUAUUGAUAUAUUGAUAAACAAUGCAUCAGCAAUUUCUCUGACUGGAACCGCUCAGACUGACAUGAAACGAUAUGACCUCAUGCACAACAUAAAUACGAGAGGGACAUUCUUGGCUUCCAAGCUCUGUUUACCGCUGUUGAAGAAUAGUGAUCAUGCCCACAUUCUCAACUUAUCUCCUCCACUCAACAUGAAUCCCUACUGGUUCUCCAUUCAUGUUGCAUACACAAUGGCAAAGUAUGGAAUGUCAAUGUGUGUUCUCGGUAUGAGUGAGGAGUUCAAGCAAUAUAACAUUGGUGUCAAUGCACUCUGGCCUAAAACUGCAAUUGCAACAGCUGCUAUCGAGAUGUUGACAGGAGACACAUCAACAAGCCGCAAGCCAGAAAUUGUCUCGGAUGCAGCAUAUGUAAUGCUUUGCAAAGAUCCAAAGAAAUACACGGGCAACUUCGAAAUUGAUGAAGAAGUAUUAAAACAGUUUGGGAUUUCAGACAUGACUCCAUAUGCCUGUGAUCCAAAGAAUGCAGAUAAUCUGCUGUUGGAUGGUUUCUUGGACGAUCCAGCGGCUAUAAACCAUCACCGACAAACAGUGUCCACUGCUUCAGUGAGACGGUACCAUACAAGCACGGUCAACUACAAGGAAAAGGAGAGUGAACAAAGUGGUGAGAUUCCAGAAUUGUUUACUGUCAUUGGGAAAAAUAUAACACCAGAGUUAGUGAAGAAAACACAAGCUGUGUUCCAGUUCAAUGUCAAAGGUAAAGAAGAAGGUAUAUGGCACAUAGACUUGAAGAAUGGAGAAGGUUCUUGUGGACAAGGAGAGCCAAAACAUCCAGCAGAUGCAACACUCACUAUGGACAGUACUAACUUCGCUGAUAUGUUUUCUGGCAAAUUGAAGGCAACAAAUGCUUUCAUGAUGGGAAAAUUGAAGAUCAAGGGUGAUUUACAAAAGGCUAUGAAACUCGAGAAAAUGAUGAAGUCACUCAAGAACAAGGUCUGAACAUACCAAUGUAUUUAAAAUAAACUUCCAUAUAUAUUACAAUUAUAGAUAUAUUAUAGGUUUUUAUAUUACACAUGUUAUUACAAUAACACCAGUACACUUGUAAAUGGCUAAGACUCAUGAUGCUUAUUUUAUGGUUCUUGUUUUAUAGUAUUAAUUUUCUAACAGUAUAAUUUGGGUCUGCUGUCUUUUUAAUUGUGUUUACUUAUGUUACUGGCUGAAAAUAACAUUAUUUUGGUACGUUGUUUUUCAUACUUUUUAUUACUAUUACAAAAUAGUCCGUCCACAUUUAUAAUAAAAAACUUUUGCCAGCAAGAUUUGAAUGACAUUUUGUUGCCAUAAUAUACAUUUUUCUUUACUUUGUUUCUCACUGUGUUUCGCAGUAUUAAAUGUAAUAUGACAAAACAUGGCUACUUUUGAGAAAAAUAAAAUCAUUUCAUCAAGCCCACUGAAUAUUUUUUGACAAGUAUUUAAGGUUAAUAGUGUAUUAUUAAAUAAAUAAAAUGUAUUAAAA